AAUAAAUACAUUAUUUGGGUCAUUGAAGAAUGAAGAAGGAGUAUAAGACUUUACGAACUUUCUCUUGAUUUUUGAAAAUCUUUUUAGUGGAUUAAAGAAUAAAAGAGACAAACUGUUAAAUUAGAACAAGAUUUAACGUUGUUGAACAAAACACUGCAUGUUAUAACAACUAACUUAUUAGUGUUGGUUUAAUACAUGCGUGUCUUUUUCUCUUGAAAUGAUUAAACAAAUUUAAAGAAAUGUCACUAAACGACAUUCUCUCCAUAAGCAUUGUUGUUUCUAUAUAUAGACAACAAUUCACAUGUUAUAUGCAAGUGAGUGAGUGACAAUUUAGAGUUAUUGUAAGACUAUUUGUAUCACCAUCUUCACCUAGCUAUAGUCUAUACCCAUAGAUCUAUCUUUGUUUCACCAUCUUCUAGCUUUAGCCUAUACCCAUUAAUCUAUUCUCAUUCAUCCAUGGCUACUCAAUUUGUUUCCUUUUUAAUCGUGUUCUUGACAACAUGUGCCAAUUACGUGCAAGGGGGAGGACCACAAUUCGGUUACUUGGGCCCACAUGGCCCACGAAAAUGGGGAAAAUUAAGCCCAACUUACUCGGCCUGCUCCAAUGGAAAAUUUCAGUCUCCUAUCAAUAUUGUGAAGUCAAAAUCUGUUCCUAGUCAACACCUGAAGCCAUUAGACAUCGAAUAUCAUUUUACUGCUAAUGCUACUCUUGUUGACAAUCUCUUCAAUGUUGCGAUGAACUAUGAUGGAAAUGCAGGAGUCUUGAGAUUAAAUGGAAAAAACUAUACCCUCAUACAAAUGCAUUGGCAUUCGCCUUCUGAGCAUCACCUCGAUGGUCUUCAGUAUGCCGCUGAGCUCCAUUUAGUGCACAAGUCCGUUGAUGGCGAAGUAACAGUUAUAGCGGUUCUCUAUCACUAUGGUCAUCCAGAUCCGCUUCUUACUAAGAUACAAAGUAAACUUGAGAAAUUAGUAAAGGAGGCUCAUAGCUCAACAAACAAACAAGCUCAAGUUGCUCUUGGGGCCAUCACCACGAAGGAAAUUAGGAAACACUCACGUAAGUACUAUCGAUAUGUAGGAUCUUUUUCCACACCUCCAUGUUCCGAAGGAGUUAUUUGGCACAUUCUUGGCAAGGUGAAAUCGAUUUCAAAAAAACAAGUAGCGGAAUUAAAGGCGCCAUUGAUAUGGGAAUGCAAGAGCAAUUCAAGACCAGUUCAACCGUUGAAUGGAAGAGAAAUAGAGAUGUAUGAUGAUGAGAUGAACCAUGCUUGAGAAAACCUAAACCAAAACAUGUACCAUUUUUGGAUAAAAAAAAAACUAUUUGUCCAUGUUUAUCGUGGCUCAAGGUUUUAAUAAUAUGUGAUAUUUAUCUAUGAUUGUUUUUUGGAAAUAUGACUUAGGAGCCCAAUAAAGUUUCCAAACCAUUCAAAAAGCAUCAAUCAUGUUUUAUCGGUUCAAGAAAAAACCAACGAACUUAACGUUGUGUUUAAAACAGCUCAACUAAGUUGCACUUUGUUCAAUUUUAUGAAGUCAAAGAGGGAAAACAGAGAACGUGGCUUAUUACCAUAUUAAAAAAAAUGAUUUGUAAGACGAACUUAGCCUUUUGAACAUACAAAACAUAAAUGAGGUUUUUUGAACGUUUUGAAAUUUUUGUUGGGCUUUUGUAGACAAAAAGUUGAAUUUGUUGUUUCAUUUUUUUAUAAAACAUUAUUGAAGUUUUUUGAACGGUUUGAAA